CAACAAUGAUCAUUGUGUAAGAUUAUGAAAUUAUCCUAGUUUUCUAUUCAUCAUUAUGUUUUACUAUACAUUUAAUUGUUUAUAUAUUUUCAUUAUAAUUUUUCAUAUAACAUUUAGUUUACCAUUGAAAAAUGUUAUAGAUGAUUCAAAUACUACUACAAAUGGUUAUGAUUAUAGAGUAUCUGGUAUUAAUAAUGAUGAUGAUUCUAAUUGGACAGUAAUUUCUCAUGAAGCACUUCAUGAAGCAUUAAAUUCUACAGAUGAUUCAUUGGAACAUGAUGAAGAACUAACAACAACAAUGUCAUCAUUAUCAUCAUCAUCAUCAUCAUCUAUGACGAUGACAACAGAAACAAUAACUUCAAUGUCUACAUUAGAAUCAGUAGAAAAUACUAAAAAUUCACAAAAAGAAUCAGUAAAACCAACAACAUCUCUUGUUACUAUCAUACCAGAGACAACAUCAUCAUUAUCGUCAUUUUCAACGAUACCAAUGGUAGAAACAACACGUAGCUCAUAAACAGUUAGCAAAUAAUACAAAUAUAUAUACAUAUAUAUAUAUGCAUGAGAUACUAUAUGAAGAUUCAAUGGGUAUAUUUUUCUUUCUAAAAAAAUAAACAAAAAACAAAGGUUAACAUGGAUUCAGAUGAGUAAUAUAUUCCCUGUAAUAUUAAUGUAAUUUUAUUUGAAUUAAAUUUUAUUAUACCGCUGGAAAA